CUUUCUUCAAACCCUAACAAAACCCAACACCAACAAAUGCAAAACCCAACACUUCAUAUUCAAAUUCACAUCUCCAUUAGAGAAUCCAUUAUGUUCAUUCUCAAGACAUGGAGGUCAAUUGCUUUUGGUGUACACGGGUACAUGAAUUCCACCAAAACUGGUUUCAUGGAACACUCAAAGAAUUUCAAGUCAGAAGAUAUGCAAACUCAAAUAGAAGGGAAGAAUUGCAUAGUGACAGGAGCUAAUUCUGGUAUCGGUUAUGCAACUGCUGAAGGUCUUGCUUCACGUGGGGCAAAUGUAUAUAUGGUAUGCCGUAAUAAGGAGAGGGGAGAAGCGGCUCUUUCUGAAAUCCAGUCAAAGACUGGGAAUAGUAAUGUUCAUUUGGAGGUGUGUGAUCUUUCAUCGGUUAGUGAGAUCAAGUCUUUUGCAUCCAAGUUUUCAAAGAAGGAUGUACCGAUUCAUGUUUUGGUUAACAAUGCUGGUUUGCUUGAGUAUAAUCGGAUUACCACAUCAGAAGGAUUCGAGUUGAAUUUUGCUGUAAAUGUACUAGGCACUUUCACUAUGACAGAAUCAAUGUUGCCACUGCUGGAAAAAGCUGCUCCUGAUGCUCGAGUCAUCACAGUUUCUUCAGGUGGAAUGUACUCUGUUCCCUUGACUAAUGAUCUUCAGUUUAGUGAUGAUAAAUUUGAUGGUGUGACACAAUAUGCUCGAAACAAGCGAGUUCAGGUGGCACUGACAGAAAAAUGGGCUGAAAUGUAUAAAAAUAAGGGGAUUGGAUUCUAUGCGAUGCACCCUGGGUGGGCUGAGACAUCUGGACUUGCUAAAAGUUUGCCCGGUUUUUACAAAUUGCUAUCAGGAAAUCUUAGAACGAUUGAAGAAGGUGCAGACACGGUCAUUUGGUUGGCUUUACAGCCAAAAGAAAAUUUGGUAUCUGGCGCAUUCUAUUUUGACCGAGCUGAAGCUCCUAAACACUUGAUGUUUGCAGCAACCAGGAGCUCUCAUACCAUGAUUGAUUCCAUCAUUGGCAAUCUCCGUUCUUUCUCUGGUCUUUCUGCUCUUUCCUCAUAAACUGAAAAAUUCAGGUUGCAAUAUUUCAUGUUUGGGAAAAAUUUUCUUAUUCCAUUGUUCCAGAAAUUUGAUGUAAAACUCAGACAGCAAUCCAACUUUAAUAGAAACAUAGAUUUGGCUGAA